AUGGAAAACAUAAGGCUAAGCCCAACAACAAUGGAUAUGAAAUUAAAAAAUAGGAACAGUGUGAAUAAACUCAAACACAGCUCUCCAAAAUUGCAAGAAGUCUUACGACAGAGAUGUCGUCAAAAGAUGAGAGAGAAACGAGGACAAUUAUUUAACAAACGUAGAUUUGGUUUAGAACUUUGUUCGAAAGAAGUACAGGAGACUUUAACCGAAAUUGUUCGUGAAGAAUUCAAUAAUCUUGUGACUACAGAUCUAGAUCCAACUUUUAUAGAUAAUUCAUUUCUAAAUGAAUCACUUGAUCCUGAAGCAGCAUUCGAACUUGAAAAUGAAAUAGUCAAUGAAGAACAAUGGAUAGUUCAAGAAUAUGAAAGAAUGAUGCAAGAAGAAAUUGAAAUGCUAGCUCUUACUGCAGAUAGACAAGCUGAUGAAGUUAUUUGUCCUAUAUGUCAGAUGUCGAAUUUAAUAGAAAAAGAAAAUAAAGUAGCUUGUAGAUCUUGUGAUUUUAUAUUGAACAGUGUCGGCAUCAAGGAAGUAGGAUAUCAUAUUAAUAACUGUGUGAAUAUUCAUUCGUCUCAGUGUAAAGAACCACCUGGCUUUUUUCCACUUUCUGAGAAUGAUAAGAUAUCUCUGUAUCUCAUUUGCGAUAAAUGCUCAACUUGGACAUUAAUAAUAUAA